AUGUUACUGCCACAUUUCAGUUACCCUGCUGGCUCUCUCCUCAACAUUCUCGCGUCUUCCUGGAUCAGUAGCCUUCUGUUGCUCACCUUAAACUUUCGUAUCAAGCAGAAAAACCUCCUCCCUGAUGCUUUUCUCCCUGAACUGCCUCUUCAGACUCUUCUGCUACUACCUGGGACGGUGGAUCAUACUCGCGCCUUGGUUCAUGGUUUAAAGGCCCCAUUACUGCUGUCUUUUCCCAUUUUUAAAAAUUUUCUUUCAUUCUUUUAUAUUCAUUUUUGUUUUCUUCUUUUAUACAAGACCUGUUCUUAUUUUAUAAUUACCAUCUUUUUUUUUAUUUUUUUGUAUCUCAUUUUUUUCUUUGUUUAUAGUUCCUUCUUUUCUUUAUUCUUCCUUCCUCUUCUUUCUUUCUUUCUUUCUUUCUUUCUUUCUUUCUUUCUUUCUUUCUUUCUUUCUUACUUUAUUUAUUUAUUUCUUCUUUCUUUCUUUCUUUCUUUCUUUCUUCUCCAUUUAUUAUUUCUUUCUUUCUUCUCCAUUUCUCCUUUAUUUCUCUCUUCUCCAUUUAUUCUUUCUUUCUUUCUUUCUUUCUUUCUUUCUUUCUUUCUUUCUUUCUUUCUUUCUUCUUCAUUUGUUCUUUACUUCUCCUUCUUUCUUCUCAAUUUAUUCUUUCUUUCUUUCUUUCUUUCUUUCUUUCUUUUCCAUUUCUUUUUUAUUUAUUUCUUUUCCAUUUAUUCUUUCUUUCUUUCUUUCUUUUUCAUUUAUUCUUUACUUCUCCUUCUUUCUUCUCAAUUUAUUCUUUAUUUCUUUCUUUUCUAUUUAUUUCUUAUUUCUUUCUUUUCCAUUUAUUCUUUCUUUCUUUCUUUCUUUCUUUCUUUCUUUCUUUCUUUCUUCUCCUUUCUUUCAUUUUCCUUCAUAUUCUCUUAUUACCUUCAUUCCUUUUUGUUUUUGGUAAAACAUGGUCAUAUAUCUAUCUAUCUAUCUAUCUAUCUAUCUAUCUAUCUAUGA